AUGAGGUUUACUGUUGAAGAGAUUAAUAACUCAACCACUCUGCUGCCCAAUGUUUCUCUGGGUUAUGAAGUUUUUGAUCAUUGUUCUGAAACAAAGAAUUUCCCUUCGGUCUUCAGUUUUCUCUCACACAAUGGAUCAAUAAAACCUCGUGAAAAACUCAACAGUCAUCAUCAGUCUAAAAUCAUUGCUUUAACAGGACCAUAUGGAAGCUCAAGAAGUAUUGCUGUUUCACCACUGAUGGCAAUUGACCUAAUACCGAUGGUGAAUUAUGGAGCUUCCAGUUAUGAACUAAGUGAUAAACUUAAGUAUCCAUCUUUUUUACGAACAAUCCCUAGCAACAAUGACUUGGCACAGAUGAUUACUCGCAUCAUCAAGUGGUUUGGAUGGAACUGGGUUGCUUUUCUUGGAGGCCCAGACAAUUACAGUGAAGAUGGCCUGAACCUUUUUUACAAGUAUUCUGGGAAUGCUGGCAUUUGUUUGGCUUAUCAAGAGACUGUCACAAUGCAGGGAAACUACAGCCAAACACUUAAAAAUAUCAAUAGGCUGAACAUUAAGGUCAUUGUGGUUUUUUCUUUGGCAAUGUAUGCAGAAAACAUACUGAGGGCAGCCAUAGCAAACGACAUCCGAGACAAAGUUUGGAUUGCAAGUCAAACAUGGGCUAUGGAUCAGCAGCUUUUAAAUGCCCCGGGGAUUGAGAAAAUUGGUAAAAUCAUUGGCAUUACGGAGAGAUUGUUGUCAUUGCCUGGAUUUGAUACGUUUAUUUAUAAACACAAAGCAACAAUGAAUAAAGAUAAUACAAGUGAUUCUGAAGUCCAGAACAGGAUGUGCAAUCAAGAAUGUAAGGAAGGUCCAUUGUUGACUGCAGAGGCAAUUUUAAACGAAAACCCCACAUUCUCCUUUGGUGCCUAUGCUUCUGUAUAUUCCAUAGCUCAUGCGUUACAUAAAAUUCUGCAGUGCAACAUGAACGAAUGCCGCAAAAACAUAACAGUUAAGCCAUACAUGCUUCUGGAAGAAAUUAAGAAGUUGGAUUUUCCACUCAAUGGCCGUCAGGUGAAAUAUGAUGUUAAUGGUGAUCCAACCAUCAGUUACGCUGUAGUGCUCUGGCAGACUGAAACAAAUCAUCCACGGAUUGAGAUGGUGGGCACUUAUGACACGUAUCCAGAAACUAUUUUUACCAUCAAUAACUCUCUCAUGCCCUGGCGUAACAAUACUUCUGUUCCUUUCUCAAACUGCUCAGUCGAGUGCAGCGAGGGACAUAUAAGAGUUCGUGAGGGAUUUCAUAUUUGCUGUUUUCGGUGUAAAAAAUGCCUUCGAAAUACCUAUGUGGAUUAUUCUAGUACGUACCUUCUUGAUAUUUUACCUUUUAAAAUCCCAACUUCUACCUACACCUUUGAAAAAGUGUUUAGUUUUUUUUAAAGAUGUGAUAAAAUCUUAAAAAAUUCCUUAAUCUUUUUCCUGCACUGCACAGAUAUGCUUUAUAAUGGCUGU